GUUUGUCCAACAAGUGUUAUUAUCAUUCCAUUCCUGUAUUUUUGCUUACAAUAAAUCUCCCUUUCCUGCUACCUCACUCCCGAACGUCAUGAAGGCUGUCGUACCUUUUCUUGCGUUCAUUGUCGCCUGUGUAGCGAAUCCUGUGCUCUCUCAGCGGCAGGACCAGUGUUCUGCCAUCGCCGAGCAAUGCAAUGCGAAGGAAACAGAGUGUCGAGCGCAGCAGGUAGAUAUUUUAUGCCCUGUCGAUGUUGCUCGAUUCUGUCCUUGCUAUCAUGUUGCCAAGGACUGCAUAAAGGAUGCCGGGUGCUAAUAGUCGUUUACUCGGUAUUCUGAGGAAGCCGCAACUGGCAUGGUCAUGUUUAAUGGGGCUUAAAACAGAGUAAGAUGACGCUUUCUACCUAUCAAAGAUUAUAUAGCGUCUGCCAUAUGAUUCAGCAUCAAACCAUGGUUUGACGCACGCGAUAUGUAAUAUACAGGCUGGCAUUUAAUAAAGAAGAAAUUGAU